CCGCCCUCGUACGCCGGAGGGGGAAUCGGUGGUGGUGGGGGAACCGGGUGCAGCAGCGGCAACGCCUCUUUUGCGCGCAGCGGCACGGCAAACGGAGCGGGAUUUGCGGGGUCGUCUAUCCUGAGUAAAAACGUCCCCACACCAUAGUCAAGAUGGGGAAUCGGCAAGACAAAUCCACAAGUUCUGGCUGUUUUGCAUGACAAAUUUGGAUUCGUAGUGUAGUGCUGUUUGAGCUAGCUCAGCAGCAUCACAGAUCUAGCAUACCAUGCUGAUUGGAGCAUGACAAAUUGCAAAACACGACUAGAAAAUGCUUCUCAUGGGGCUCCGCAUGAGAAACAUUUUCAGCAUGCAGAUUUGCAUUACAACUAUGGGGUGGGGACGUUUUUAAAUAGGAUAUCCUCGACCUUUUCCACAUCUAGUACAACUUCUGGUGGUGGAAAGGGAAACCAUAGCGUAACUACAGGAGGUGGGGGUGGAUCAUCAACAACUCCCAGCACUGUAGCUUCGUCAAGUACAACACGAGUUUCCAACGGAACCAACUACCGCAACCUGCAAAACAUGAACAUGCACGUAUCAUUUGUAAAGAAGUCCCCACCCCAGAGUCAAGAUGGGGAUUUUGCAACACAAACCUUAAAGUCUUGGGAGCCACGCAUGACAAGUUGCAGGCUGUAGUGUAAUGAAGUCUAGCAAGGGAGCCGCAUAAGAAAUCCAUCUCCUUAUCCUCUUCACAGCAUUACAAGUUCCGAAACACGAUGGGAAUUGCCUCUCAUGGGGAUGCGCAUUAUAAAUGUUCUUGUGCUUGCAGAUCUGCAUGACAACUCUGGGGUGGGGAUGCUUUUGCAAAGGAUAGCGCGUAGGUUUGAAUCCGCCGGCUUUGCUGCGGAACAGCCGGGGAAACAUCACAACUGCAGUAUCAAAAGGAAAGAUCCCCUCUCCCCAUAUCGAAAUGGAAAUCUGUGAUGCGGAAUUUGUGCACACAAAUCGGCUUUGUCUUGCAAUAGAGGACUGCAGGCAGAUACGGAACCUGAGUAGGGGCGCCUUGGUGUAGGGACCUAGCAAAGCAGGCGCGUCCUCUGUAGGCCGUACAGCAUUACGAAUUGCCUGCAGAACGCAGCGGGGUUUGUUGCUUUGCCUUCUUGCAAUACAGACAUCACAAAUCAGCAUCGCAAAUUUUCAGAAGUGUCCCGCUUUGGUAUGGGGAGGGGGGAUUUUUCCUCACAAUAUGCAGCCGGAGGAGCCUCCUCCUCGUCCAUGGUAAGCAAUGGUAUGCUGGUUUACAACGACCAAGGAACUACAACUAGUACAACAACUUCAUCUAGUAGUGCGGGGGCUUCUACACGUACACACCACCGGUAUAACAAUAACAAUAGCAAUACUAGUACUUCAACUGGGAUUUCAGUUUGUGUGCAGCAGCAUGUGGCCGCGUCUACUGCUCAUCAUCAGCAGUACCAGCACCAGCCGGCGAAUUGUAAUCCGGACGUACUCAUAGUACCACAGCCGGGAGUGAACUUGAAGGUGACAUCGACUAUGCCGCACCAGAGCAGCGUAGCACAAGGAGCCUCACCUGGUGAUGCGGCUGGUGGCGGUGCGUCUUUCUCCGCUGCAGGCGGGGGAUCUACAACUCCAGUGGGUGCGAGUAAAAGCUGUUCACCUGCGUCCGCAGGAGUUUUGCACUACGCGUCGUCCUCCCCGGGGCGACUUAAUCAUGCGUCAAUAUGCAACAAGAAAACUUCUGUGUUUUACUGUAAGGUGUCUUGGACGAAUAACAGCAUGACAAAGCUGUUAUGCAUGACAGAGAAAGGCCGCUGUGAUGCACAGCUAGUACGUGAAUAUACACACACAUAUUAGAAGAUAGAAUUUCAUCAUGGCUGGCUAGCAUGACAAGUUGUAGAAGCGUGUUGCGUGCUUUCUUGCAUUUGUGUACAGACUUGCACUAUACACAGUUUUUUUCUUGCAUAGUCAUCAAAGAGGAACGAAAUUAUCGAAGAUCACCCGCCUGGUCUUUCCGUCACUAGAGCACCACAAGCUUUUAUCACGAGAAAAAAGUGGUACAGUUACACAUUUGCUGGAGUUUCUGCAUCACAAAUUUUCCCUGUGUGGCAGAGAAAACUUGUAAUGCGAACAUCAUAAGGGAAAACAGGAAGAAAACGAGGCUCCCAAGCAUUUCCUGCAUGAGAAGGGUUGUCUGUGUUGCCGGUCUUGCAACACAAUGCGCAGCACUUUUUUCUUGCGAUAGCUUUAUCUGCUGGAAAACAUCUGGUCGUGGAACUCCCGCAUCAGAAGCACCUCGUGCACGUGCAGCAGCAAAAGUAUCCUGAGUAAAAACGUACCCACACCAGAGUUGUAAUGCAGAUUUGCAAAGACAGGAAGACUUGUAAUGCGCAUCCGCAUGAGAGCCAUUUCCAAUCGUGUUUUGGAAUUUGUGAUGCUGUGAACAGGAUGAGCAGAUGAAUCUGUGACGCGGCUGCACUUGCUAACCUGCACUACACUGCAGAGUGCAACUUGUCAUGCGUGACUCACAAAACUCCUAGGUUUGUGUUGCAAAAUCUCCAUCCUGACUCUGGUGUGGGUGCGUUUUUACUCAGGAUAAAAAGCACCACAUUUUUACGGUGUUGCGGAAGCACGGACCGGUACUGAAACGCGAUGACCCGCACCAGGCGGACCCAGACCACGUAUCGCAGUACGAGGAUGACAUCAUGCUGCAGCCGUUUUACUACGAAGAACCGGGCGGCCCCGGAGACCCGGUGCUGUUCAAAAACAAACUACCGCACCCCCCGGACACGAGCACCGCGCUGCUGGAGUCGCUGAGUUUGCAGCUGUAUCCCAUCUGCAAAAGUAUCGUACCUGCUAUGUAAAGAUUCUUAUUUGCGACGUUUCAUCUUCACUUCGUACCCGUUUCUAGCAUGAAAAAAAAAUUUAAAUUGUAUAUUUUUGGUCGUGAAAAAAUUUGUAAACGCAAUUUAUACAAUUACAAUUACAACCAGUGCGGUAAUAUGCACAGGAUUCUUUUGCAAUGCAUAAACUCCUCUACGCGCAGCAGUUCCGCCAGGGGUUCGACCGCAUGCGGGAAGACUUGUCGGCGGUGAACCGAGAUUUUUUGCUUGAUAUGAGAGUGCCCAAUUCCUGCUUCAUCUCAUUUGUCAUGCAAAAUUGCAAUCCCAUUCCUGGGCCGAGCCGUUGCGUCGUACGCUUAAGUUGCGUGAAAAGCUAAAGUACAACUCGAAACCAUUUCUGGAAAUUUGGCGUGCAGAAGCUACAUUUCUGUAUGUUCUUUCUGUUGCUGUUCAUGCCAAAUACAAAUGAGAUAGUUUUGCACAACUCUCAUACGCGAGCAGAUGCACGACCUGAUCCAGCAACUGAACAGUUGCGUCAUCGCGUGGGCCGCGCCUCUCCGGUCACAGGGUUGCACGCCGGCGCAGCGCAUGGCGAUUCUGGAAUACAACCGAUUAAUUCAGUCACUCUACAUGCUCCAGAAGCACAACUUUCUCGCCUGGCUCCGCGCGCCACCGUUGCAAGUGUCCGACGUCGGCUCCUCCGCACCCGCGGCGGUGGAAGCACACCCCCGGACCUGGCUACAGAAGCUACUUACGGUCAACAUCACGGCACAAACCGCGUUGUUAGGGGCGCUGCAGUAUGUAUUGCAUAUAUCGAUCUGGGUCCGGAAGGCGAAGGUUCCGAACUUCGAUCAUGCUAAGCCUGGAUAAUUACGCGAAAAGAAGAACCUGUGUUGCAUGAUUACCAGAAGUUUUCCACUUUUGACCAUGUUCCGAGGGAGGUUGGUUCUCAUGCAGGAUAGGUAUGACGAAGACCACCCCGCAGAACAAUCUGUUAAUGUGCUAGGUCCUGCAUUCCACACCUCACGAGGCAUGGAAAACCAGCAUGACAAACCGCACGAUCUUCCAGACCCAGAUCGAUAUUUGCAAUGCAUAUGCAGGGAACGAUGAACGGCUGCACGGUGUCGGACGACGAGAACCUGGCAUUGCACCAGAACAUUUGUACUACUUACUUACCUACUUUUACUUAUCCAGCGUUUGUAGAUCAUAAUAUUUGACGUUGAUUUCUUGCAGCUGGUCAUCGUCCUGCUAAAGCACCAUGCUGAUACUUUUGUGCGAGAGAUAAAGCAUAGAUCCGUAUGCGUAUUGGCAAAUGCUGAUGAAGAAAAGCCAUAUAUAUAAAAAUAAUUUAUGCAUCAAGAACAGGUAUGAAGAUGCAAGAGUUCACUGGAGAGGCAGAGCCGACGCCCGCGCAGGAGGCCAUCGCCUUGUUGUACGCGGCUAGCACGCAUCUGCUGGAAAUGGAACGAGAGCUUGCGACAGACACGGUAUAAUGAAUUUCGUUGAUUUGUGGCGAAGGACAACGAAAUGCGUUUGCUGUAUUGCGCAAAAUACUUACUUCCUCCUUGAGUAAAGAGUGAGUUUUGCUUGAAGACCGUGGACCAACAUAACUACGAAGCGCUUUGCGUCGUGCAAGUGUGGAGGUGUUUGGAUGAUCAACAACAUCAAGCCUCGUUUAAGUACUUAUAUAUAAAAUGCUUUUAUUGUUGUAACUCUCUUCACACAGGACCCGCUAACUCAGUGCAAGAAGUACUUCACGCGGCUCGAGGAACGGCUCGAGGACUGGCUGAGCUACUUGUCGAUCAAGGACUACAUAGUGGAAGACGGCAGCAUUCUGCAGCUGUUCAUGUUUCUGAAGACCGGACCGAACGCCAAGGACUUCGCGCCGAUCCAAAUUCGCGCCGUACACACGCGCAAGCUAGUCGCGGAGAUAUGGGAAAAGCCCCCGGAAAACGGCAUGAUGGCGCAGGGAAAUGCGGGAGAACAAGCCCAACCCAGAGACAGCAGUAGUACUUCUAGUCGUCAUAUGAGCAUCGCCACCUCGGCGGCGUCAUCAUGCACAAACUUGAGCAGCAGUUCCGCAUUGCUCGCUCCUACGAGCUCGGUGCAGAGCCUCGGCAGCUUUUCCGCUACCUCCAGCGCCUCUACCGCGGUUGGUAGUUGGCCUAACCCGCAAACCGCGGAGCUGGCGCAGCAACUGACCGUGGCGGCAGCAGUUGCGAAGGGUGACGGCCGGGUGGCGGGGUGGCUCCGGAAACUGAACGAGUUCACCUCUACCAACCCUCGCGAACAGGACGUUUCCGUAUCAAAUGUAAAAAGGUCUGGGUCUGGAAACUUGUGAUGCUGUGUGGCAUAUCAUCAGGAGGCCACAAUUGCUGGCUCAGCAUGACAAGUUUCUGAGCUUCUAGGUGUUGCCUAUUCUGCAUGACAAACUACGUUUCUGCAUGACAGAAAAGUGGGGCUCUUUGUUAAUGUGCAUGACAGAUUUAAGAGUCAUGCCAGACAAGCAUGACAAACUUGCAUUCUUCCAGACCCAGAGAUUUUUACAUUUGAUAUUCCGUUUCCUUCGUCGAGUUCCUGUUUCAGGGCUUUCAACUGUGGAAGCGGGAGUUUCACCCCUUCGCGGCCCAACUGGAGCAGAUGCAGCGCCGCGCGCCCAAGGAACUGACGGCGGAGGACAAGGAGCGGGCGCACGACGUGCUGUGCAUGGACAAGAUGUUUUCCAACCUGCUCAACCAGCUCGGGCCGGAGGGGUCCGCGGAGCUGCUUUCCGCCUUUCGGCAGCAAACCUUUCUCCCCGGGGAGGAAGUGUUCGUGCAGGGGGAUCGAGGCGAAGAGUUCUUCGUGGUCGUCGACGGCGUGGCGCACGUCUACGCGCACGAACAGAACUAUCUCAAGGUGGGCGACAAGGUGCGCAACACCCGCGACGUGCACUUCGGGGGCAGAAGAAUCCCGGUUGGGAGUAACGCGAUGGUGGACAAAUUCGACCCCCAGCGCGAAUACCCCUAUACCAUCCGCAUUGUCGGGACCGGGCAGCGCGGCCGGAUUCUGGCUUGCGAGGUGGAAGCCAUUGACGGACCGCCGCGGGAGGACUUCAUCGCCAGCCUGCGGGCCUCCGACUACUUUGGCGAACAGGCGGUGUUGAAGAAUUGCGCCCGGUCCGCCACGGUGAAAGCCUCGCCCCACCAGCCGACGCCCUUGACCGUGCUGGUGCUGAACCGCGACGCGUUUUACCGGUACAAAUUGCACGAUAAGCUGCAGUUUGUCCGGCGGAAGGCGCUCGUCGCGAUGUACAGCUCGAAGCGGUCAGACACAAACAAUCUCUCGCCGACGUCGAGCCUGCACGAAGACGAGGCGUUGGAACUUUGCGAGGGCGAGAGGCUGGUGCCGUCGAAGAGUGAACAGGAGUUGCAGUUCAUCACCACCGCCAUCCGGAACAACGGGAACCUGUCCGAGUUGGUAAACCCGUCCGAAGAGCAGCUGUCGCGGCUGGCGAACGCCGCGUUCCGGCGAGCGGUCUCUGCGGACGCGACGGUGAUCACGGAGGGAGAGGUGUUCGCCGACCGCUUCUACAUCAUCGAGGCCGGGGAGUUUUGCUACUUCAAGGGUGAGCGGAAGGUCGGGGACAUUGCGAAGGCGGGCGCCAUAUCAACUGUAAAAAUGUCUGGGUCUGGAAGAUUUCCAGGUUUGUCAUGCAUAUUUCGCAUGGGCUAUGAUGCCUGCAAUGCAUGGCCUAGCAUCACAGAUUUUGAGAGGGCUUUCUGGUGCGUAUUCCGCAUGAGAAAUGGCCUCUCCGCGUAGCACAAACUGGACUCCUUUUGCUGGUCAUGCAAUACAGACUUUUGGCUCAAGACUUCUUGUCUUGUGGCCCAUUUUCCCACUUUAGAGACGGGGCCGCACCCCCGUGAGAUCAAUUCGUCCGGACUCAUCGUGGAGAUCAACCCCCGUGAGAUCCAAGAUCCGUAGAGGCACUCUGUAACAGGCAUCAGGUGCGGCUGAUGAACCUUUUGACUCACACGUAGAUUGUAGAUUGUUUCUCUAAAAGAAAAAUCAAAGCAAAAAAAAUGAGUACACACUUGCCCUCCAUCCGAAGCGCGCACGUGCGCAAUGAAGCUUCGAUGGUCCCAGCGGGCAUAACGCCCGGUCUUACUCGUUACUCCCUUCAUCUGCCCUCACCAGCCGUCCCCAAUGGCGUUCGAUUGUGGGGUCCUUGAUCCCCACGUAGAAGCUCUUCGCGGGUUUCUUCUUGCCGGGUGGAAGACGGUGUGAGUGCGUCGGUUUUUUUUUGGCGGUCUGGGAGUUCCGUGUAGGUCUUUGUUCCUAGGGGCGCUUGUCGACGCCCUGCGGCGGAGCGGGCGAUCGGGAGGACUCGACGCUACUUGUGGACGCCUUCUCCGAGCUGUCGAUAGUAAAGGAGUUCUGCCGCACAUCUCCGCGUCACGAGGAUGCCGCGCCCACUAGCGGAUCGCCCUGCUGCGCUGGAGAUCAGGGACUUUUUAUUUAUUGUUUUUCGUUUGUCUCACACUCUCACACACUCGAAUACUUAUGAAAAGAUCAUAGUACCAGACCCAUAUUUCCUUUUUUUCUUCGUUUGAGUUUGUCGCCCCUCCUAAUCCUUUGGUCUGUGUUGUGGCAGCGGAUUGUCCUCUGACCCUUACGUAGCCUUAUGGCAACCCCUUUCCAUAUGAUUGACCUCAGGUUUUGUGUGGUAGCUGCGCUGGCAGCGCGUUUGUGCGGCUCUCUACUCCUGCGAGGUGCGACGUUUUCUAUGCGGCUGGGCUUUGCGGAUCCAAACUGCGCGGAGGUGGUGGUGGCGAUGGCGGGUUGAUUACGGUGCGGGAAUUCGGGUCGCCAGCCCCGGGUCUCACAGAGUACUGAACGGUGCUUACCAGCUGGAUAGACGAGUGAGGGGUGAUUACUCGUAGGGGAGUUGUUUAUGGCUCGCGGUCGUCUUUCUGUCGUCCUGGCGUCGUUCGUGGGGGUGUGGCGCGGGGGUGGAGCGAUCCUCGACGAGCGGUGCGGUUGCGGCUUUGUCGCGUCGAGCGGAGCGGAGCGUCGCUGUGUCUCCUCGGCAUCGUCUCUUCGUGGCCUGUCGUGCGUAGUCCUAGGUGGGGUCCCUAUCCCGGCCAUUGCAAUAGGGCUUUUUGGUGGACUGCUGGAGACCCCAGUCCAGUCGCAUCGCGACGUUAUUUUUCAGCUGCAGGAGACCCCAGCUAUCCCUUUGCUCUGCCCAAGUCCCUCGUCUUUGUCUGUUCGUCGUGUUUUGCCUGGUUUACCGCUGGAAACGAUGCCGUGCUUUUGGAAUUCCGGUUUCGACCAGGACAUGCAGCCACUCUAACGGUUUCACUCGGGUCCGACCCCCGUUAGAGCUUGACCCCAUCCCCCCGAGGUCCUACCUGAGGUAGUGGUCGUAAAGGGGGUAUAGUGGUUGAGGGGUAAAUAAGGUCAUGCAAUACAGACUUUUUUGGAAUCCAAAGACAGCAUCACAAGUUCCAAUCUUCCAGACCCAGACAUUUUUGCAUUUGAUACGCCAGCUUCGGGGAGCUGGGGUUACUCUACCACCAGCCACGGGCGGCUACCGUAAAAUGCGUUUCUAUGGAAGCGUCAGGUUUGAAAUCGUUAAAGUUGAAACUAGUUUGUCAUGCAUAAAAUGCACCAAAGAAAAUGCCUGUCUUGCAGAGUAGGCACAGGAGGCAGAUUGUAAGCCUGUUCCGGGGUAGAAAUAGAGCUGCUAAAGUAGCAUGACAAAAGGCGUCUGUCUCACCCAAACAGCAUGACAAACUGGAUUUCGGCUUUAGUCAAAUUUGUCAUGCGCCGCUUGGAAAUUGGGUUUCCGACUGGUAUCGAUUUUAUGCAUUACAAGUUAUUUCAACUUUGUCGAUUUCAACUCUGACACACCCAUAGUUUCCAAAAACGGGGGAAUCCUGUGGGUGCUGAGUAGGUCCGCCUUCAAGGCUGAGCUGGUGGGAAGAGAAAAUCGGAAGGUAAUUAUCGUGUAAAAAAUGUUUCAUGAUGAAAGGUAGGUGGAGUGCGAGAUUUUCUUUAGUGCCCGCACGCAUUUUUACCCGCAUUUUAUUUGGUCAUGCACAAGAAAUAGGAAAUUGGCCUAUUUCUAUGUGCAAUAAAUCAUGAUAAGUACGAAGUAAUUUCCCUCCAGGUGCAAGAGAACCUGGAGAUCGUUUCCGAGAUAGACACCUUUUACGGCUUGAUUUCUGAGGAACGGCAGCGGUUAGCGGAGAAUGUGACGGAGGUCCGGUUUCAAAAGAACGAGUACAUCAUAUCAAAAGGAAAAACCCCCCCACCCCAUAUCGAAAAGGAAAUUUGUGAUGCUGGAUUUGCGUACACAAAUCCGAGGUGUCUUGCUGGAGAGCACUGAAGGCCCAUACUAAGUGUGAGUAGCGAGGUUUUGGCUUAGGCACUUAGCAUGAAAAACAUCCGCGCUGUAGGCCGAACAGCAUGACAAACCGCCUGCACAAUGCGGCGGAGCCUGCGGAGUUGCCUUCUUGCAAGACAGACAUGAUUUGUUGCCACAAAUCAGCAUCACAAAUUUCCAAAAAUAUACCUUUUCAGUAUGGGGAGGGGGGACGUUGCCUUGCAAUACAUCACCAAAGAGGGCGAGGCGGCAAAUUUGUUCUACAUCUUGAAGAAGGGCAGCAUUCGUACCUACGGUGCGCGGCCGCACUUGACGAUGCCGCAACAAAUCAGUGCUUCUAGUACAACUAGUAGCUCAACGUCAACAUCAACAACUUCUGCAACAAAUUUGAAUCCAUCCAGUAGCUCAACAUCCCCGGGGGCUCAAGCAGCAGGAGAAGAUGGGGCUGUGGAGACCAAUAAAGCUGCUAGCGGCCAGCGGAGCAGCAGCUCCACCAGCCGUGCCUCUGGAUCUGCAGGAGCUUCGGCUUCAUCAGCGCAGAACGCUGCAGGACGUACUUCCUCCUCUAGUACUGCUGUCCAAACGACCACACCUGGACAAACGGGCGCCACGGGGGACGCGCCGGAUUAUCAGAUCGUUACGUUCGACCGCAAAAACCCCUACUGGUUUGGCGAGCGGGCGCUGCUCCGGGACUAUGCAGUGCAAAAGUGAUAUUGUACUCGUACAACUAAAUGCCGUCUCGCGUGACAAUUCCGUCAAGUAUUAGGGCAUACAUCAGCAUUACAAAUUGCACCUUUUCUCUACAACUUGGAAAAAUUUGUGAUGCAAUUGAACUUGAAGAUGAAGUGUACUUUACUAGUAGUACGGAAUACAACUUUUGCAAUGCAUAGCGACGAAGCGCGCACGAUCACCGUGAUCGCGGAGGAGGACGAUACACGAGUUUUAGUGCUCCAAAAGGCGCAGUUCAAAAAGAUCCUCGCACCGGUUCUAGACCUGGUCGGCGACAUCGGGUUUGUCUCUCGUCAAAACGUUGGUUGCGUCAAGAAGAAUGACUUGAAAAGCAACAUCCAGUUGGACGACUUGAACCGAAUCGGGUUAUUGGGCUGCGGGGGGUUCGGCGCGGUCACACUGGAGCAGCAUGCGCACAGCGGGAAGACUUACGCGCUGAAGGCGUUAAGCAAGGGCUACGUGGUCAAGAUGAAAAUGCAGAAGGGGGUUUUGAGGGAAAAGGAAAUUCUCUCGGUACUUACAAAAUUGUCUGUUGCAAUAUUUAUUAUACCAAAACGAGCGGUAGGACGAUGUGGAAUGCAAAUAGUAACAAGACAUCGGCACUCCUUGUUCUUGGCAGGGAUGAAAUAGAUUCCAAUGCUUAUUCUCGCAAUCUUCUUGUUGAAAAAAAAAGCAAUCUAUGACAUCACCAGCUUUGCGACAGCCAGUUCGUGAUCCGGUUGCACGCCACGUUCCGCACGGCAGAAUACCUGUACUUCCUCUUGGAGCCAUAUGGAAGCGUCAGAAUCGAAAUUGCCAAAAUCGAAAAAUUUGUGAUGCACAAAAUCGAUACCAGCUGGGGCCUCAGUUUCCAAGUGGCGCAAGACAAAUUUCGGGAGCACUAAAAUCCAGUCUGUCAUGCUGUUUGGACAAAGAAGGCUGCUCCUGUCGUGCUACUCUGGAAGCGCAUCGCCCUCCCCUAAACAGGCCUGCAAUCGGUAACACUUGCCUGCUUCCCAACACAGGCGUUACGUGCGCAGCAUUUUACGCAUUACAAAUUUUUCGAUUUUGUCGAUUUCGAUCCUGACACCCCCAUAAGCCAGCGUUGGGUGGCGAGCUCUUCGCAGUCUACCACAAGUACCGAUUCCACGGAUCGGUCUCGAAGGCUCGAUUUUACUCCGCCUCGGUCGUCUUUGCCCUGGAGCAUUUGCACGAGCGGAAUGUAUACUAUAUCAGUUUUUUUAUCGUUAUUUCAUUCAUAGUUUUUACAUGUAUGACGAGUAUACAUAGUGCAAGUGCUGACAGCUGUCAAGCACAGUGGCGUGUUUGCUGCACAAGGAAAGAAGCGAGAUUAUGACCUCGUUGAGUUUUCUGGAUCGACGUUGAAGCUGCGCUACAAUCGAAGAUGACAUCAAAUGGGAAGACGUGCGAAAAUUUCCCCGUUCUCUCACCAGGUGUUGUAUCGCGACCUGAAGCCGGAAAAUCUUCUUCUGGAGUCCCGCGGCUUUUGCAAGCUGACCGACAUGGGCCUCGCCAAGAUUGUGUACGGCAAGACCUACACGACCUGCGGCACGCCGGACUACUUCGCCCCCGAAGUGGUUCGGCAGAUGGGCAUGACCAAGGCGGUGGACUGGUGGACGCUGGGCAUCCUGGUGCACGAACUGCUGUCCGGCCACGCGCCGUUCGAGGCAAACGACCAGAUGGAAACCUACCAGAAAAUUUGCAAGGGACACCACGAGAUCAACUUUCAGGCCUACAAGGACCGCGACCCCGACGCCGUAGACCUGGUGCGGCAGCUGCUGCAGGAGCACCCGCACGACAGCUAUGGAAACUGAGAGCAAGUAGACGGGUUGAGUACAGUCUCUGCUUGUAGUUGUCCUGCUGGGGAUGGAUGUAGUGCCAUUUUCUAUCUACUUCGGUAUGUUCUUGUAUAGGGUAGUCGUCGUCGCCGUGCAAGUGGGCAUGCGUAAAUCGAAACGUCUGCGCAAAUGAUAGUAUCAUGGUCGCGAAAGAUGCCAUGAAGAAACGUAGUGAGGAGUGGCAUGAUGGACAAUUGAAAGUAAGUAUUUAUCCUAGCAGUUGUGCUGAGCACUCAGAACUUGCUUCCACUCGAUAACCCGCUUCCGAUGAAGGGCUUGCGAAAUCUGCGCCUGCACAAGUGGUACGUCCGCCUUGCUUCCUCGUAAGGCCAAUUCCUCGUAAGGCAAUGAAUUCAUAGUUUCUAAUCUAGGGCACCACAGCACGCAUGAUCCGCAUGCUCUUCACACACACAAACACAUACUAUGCGGAUUUUCUGAACAAGCAAAACCAAAAGGCAUAUAAGCAAUUGGUUUGAGCAAGGGCAUGAUGACAAGCUGAAGAAAUAAAAGUGAAAAAGAUCGAACGAAAUCCGUAGGUAUUCGCGGUUUGACUGGGAGGCGCUGUACCGGUUUGAGAUGCGCCCGCCGCACGUGCCCAAAGUGAGAGACGACACGGAUCUGGGCAAUUUUCGUGCCGCCGAGUCGGAUUUGCCGCCACAGAUCGCGGCGGCAAAGGAGGACGGAAAUUGGGACAAGGAUUUUUAA